CAUAAUAUAUAUAAAUAUUUUGAUAAUCUAAUGAUUCUCGACUGACCUUUUGAUCCGAGAUCAGAGUCCUUGAAUCAGAUGAAUGAUCUCUGUGCUGGUCAUCCUGCAGCUCGUCAAAUGGAAUAUACAUCAAUCAGCACUGCCGUCUCCCGCAUGAACGCCUCUCCUGCGCAUCAUUUGCGUGACCACGUCCUAAAAACUAUUUGAAGAUUUCCAGUCUUGAUCUCAUAGGGAACAAUCAUAAACAGAUGGCUGCACAUGAACUGCAACCCAAGGGAGGAAUGAAGGCAAGCGGACAGGUGCACGGAGAAGAUAGUGGGAAGAGAUGUAGCCCCCAUAUACUUGAUCCCCCUCCUGGAAGCAAGGGAGAUAACGAGACAGCCAUCGUAGAAGAAGAAAUGAGAACUCUCUGGAUUGUGCUCCUCCUCGUCUUCUCAGGGGCAAAACCGUCCGAGGGAGCGCGCGUCUUCACCAUAGUGAACGAGUGCAAGACCACGAUAUGGCCGGGGAUCAUACCGGGGGAAAGCUUCAACGGCGGUGGGUUCGCCCUGAAGCAGGGCCAGUCCGUGGUCGUCAAGGCGCCGGUCGGGUGGUCCGGCCGGAUAUGGGGCCGGACCGGAUGCAACUUCGACCGGAACGGGAACGGGUCGUGCCAGACCGGCUCCUGCGGCUCCUCCCUCAAAUGCUCCGGCUCGGGCGAGACGCCCGCCACGCUCGCCGAGUUCACCCUCGCCGCCUUGGACUUCUACGACGUCAGCCUCGUCGAUGGCUUCAACCUUCCGGUGGUGGUGACCCCGGUCAAUGCGCAGGGCGGCAACUGCAGCUCCGCCGGCUGCGACGGCGACCUGCGACAGACCUGCCCCUCGGAGCUGGCCGUCAUGGUCAAGAGGGAGACGGUGGCGUGCCGGAGCGCGUGCGACGUGUUCGAUACCGACCAGUACUGCUGCCGCGGCGUGUACGGGAACCCGUCCACGUGCCAGCCGACGUACUAUUCCAAGAAGUUCAAGACGGCGUGCCCGGCGGCGUACAGCUACGCAUACGACGACCCCAGCAGCAUCUUCACCUGCAGCCAGGCCGACUACAUCGUCACCUUCUGCUCCAACAGGAAGAACAGAGUGUGCUCGUACCACGACAACAGGCUGACUUGCAGCGGAACCGAGGGGGGAGCAUCUACUUGUAAAUGGCUGAUAGCGAUGUUCCUCGGUUUGUGGGGCUCGCUGCUCGUAUCAUAGGCAUCGCGAAGCUGGAUGUUUCUUUCUUGUGGUGCACAGUUGCAGAGGAUGAUGAGCCAGUAAGUGUCCUCUACGAUGGGGGCUCAUCCGUUUGUGACACAUUAAGAGAAUGAUAUGUUCUCCAGAAUUCCAAUACUACUGCUGGUUUUUGAUACAGAACU